AUGCGUGCUGCUCAGGCACGGCUGCUGAUAGCGGUUGUGUUGCAAUCGGCGACGGCUCUGGCCAUCAACCUCUAUGUCUCGAUCACCGGCGACGACGUAAAGGGGGAUGGCACCCUCCACCUUCCCUACAAGACCAUCCAAGGAGCGAUCGACGCAUCCUGGGAUCUAGACGUCAUCGUGCUGCUGGAUGGCCAUCAUGUGAGCGACAAGGAGAUCAGGUUCAGGGGCAGGAAGCUGACUGUACGCGGUGACUCCCCUCCUGUCACAAGAUAUGGCAGCUGCUGGCCUGUCAUGACAGCAGAUCCACUCGUUCCCACCCUCUCACGCUGCAACAUCAGCUCCUUCCCGCAGACAUGGUCCCAACGGCAGUACAACGACUUCAUGGAGGUGGGCCAGGAGACGACUGUCCAAUGGUUCCCUCCGUCUCACGCAGACCCGGCCAUGGCUGACCCUGCAUACCAUGCUGUGCUGAGCUAUGAUCUUGGUGUGCGCGAUCCCUCCAACCCUCCUCGCUCCUGCUCGGGCUCGAUCUCAGCCGGGAGCAGGUGGAGCUGUGGUUUGAUGGGAUGCAAGUAUAAUUUUUCCGGGUCGGGGGACGAGCAAGCCGCGAUCAACAGCGCUGUGAGGAUCGUGGGAGCAAGAUUCAUCUUCCUAGAGGGAGACGAAGUGAUUCUGAGGGAUCUUGACAUCAGGGGACAGGACGAGAACUUUGCUACUGCUUCUGCGAUCGAAGGGGGGUGCUUGUUCUCUACAGGAAGGAACAAUAUCACCGUGGUUGACUCGGUCUUAUCCUCUUGCUCCUCGAAGCUCAGCGGAGGAGCGGCGAGCAUAGGCUUCGAGUCCAAGAUGACUUUCCGUGGAGUUCGCUUUCUGAACAACUCAGCGAGGAACGGAGGAGCCAUGUCGUUCAAGAUGCGGUCGACGGUCCUUUGCAGCCACUGCGAGUUUUCCGGCAACUUGGCGGAGAAGGGAGGAGGCAUUUACGUCGACGAUGUUUCCUCCCCUCAGUUUGAAUCCUGCGACUUCUACUCGAACACUGGAACGUACGGGGGAGCGAUCUAUGCAGGAGGGAGGUCCUCGCCGGCCGUGGUAGACUCCGCGUUUGUUCACAACUCAGCGCUGGAUGGAGCAGUUAUCUAUGCUGGAAACAUGGCGAUCAUUGACACGGCCAACUGCACGUUUCAGAACAACUCGGCUGAGAGGUAUGGAGGCGUCGCCGUGCUGGAGCAGGGAGGGUCGCUGUGGUCAAGGGGGGACGCCAUGUUCUUCAAUUUCGCCAGCAGAGCAGGAGCAGCGAUCUACUCCAAGAAUGCAGACCCGAACAGAUGGCGUGACUCGUAUCAAGUGCAGAACAGAUUCAACCUCCUCUCCCUCCACGACGACAACUUCCUACUCAAUACAGCGGCCAUCUUCGCCGGCCAGGUCUACCCCAAGGCCUUGUCCGAUGCUGUCUUCUCUAGUUCUAAUGGGAACAAGAUCUGCAACGGUCGCGGGUCCCUCGACGAGAACCUCGAGUGCCUCUGCCGCCUGCCUUACACAGGCGUCAACUGCGAGGUUCAGUGUAAAGGGCUGCUGCUCCUCGACAGCUGGAAUGGGACGUCCAACGCUUCAUCAGGGAACCAUACUGCGAACGCAACUUCUACUGUUGUGUGCUCGGGCCAUGGGACCUGUCUAGUCGGCUCUGCUGUGUUCGACACCGAAUGUAGAUGGUUUGGGGGCAGGAGCGAUUGCUCGCAGAAAUGCCCGGGUACAACUCAGUCUUCCGUCUGCUCCGGCCAUGGGGACUGUUUCCUUGAGAACGGCACCGCUACCUGCUCUUGUUUCUUCGGGUGGGGAGGAGAAGAAUGUGACGAGAUUCGUCUGUACGUGCUGGGGACAGGAGGCAACCAAUCGAGGUUGAAUCGAGUGAUCCGCCUCGGGGACAAGAUGCUUGCCAAUAACAGGGAGAGUGGCCUGCACCUUCUAGUGCUCAAUCGAACAGACUUGACGGUCGUGUGGGACUACAGCUACGAAGUGAUGAAGUUCGAGUAUCCAGCCAGCCAGUACUCUUCCGAGAGAUUUUAUCUCUUCGGGGGCAAUGAUGGAACCAUCAACGUUGCAACUGGGAUCGCCGAGGAUGGAACCUGCGGCUCACUCAACAGCAGCACGGACGGCGUUCUCACCCGAAACCCACAGGUCUCCUCCUACUACUUUGGGGAGGGGGAGGCGAACAGGAUGGCAAGGGACUUGAGCCUCUUCGACGCUCGCCAUCUCGCCAUCGUCUCCUCUUUCUUCGCAUGGGAGAACCACACCAACCCCGCAUUGUUGCAGGCGCUGAAGAGGAUCGGAGGGCCGGACCUCGAGCCCUUCGUACAGGACAAGCAAGGCAGCGGCCACGCUCUGAUCAUUGUUGGCAUCCCGGACUCAGGAGAAGGGAACGGGACGUUCAUGCUCAGCCCGCCGCCUGAUCCUGCUGCUGGCUACGCGACGAGCGUGGCGGAAGUGGAGGUCAACCUUAAGUCGAGAGUUGAAGAGGAAGCUGUGCUGUGGUGCGGGGCUCGAGUGUACGAGCAUGGCGUCGACGUCUCACACCUAGUGGGAACGGCCUGCGUUAGGGACGGCCAAGUGGUGGCGAACUUUGAGGAUGGUGCGGAUGGAAUCAUAGGAGGAGGGCUGGCGGUUGAGCCGGUGAAGACGAUCAGGACAGAGACGGUGAGGAACGAGACCGGAGGACAAGUUGCCCGAUGGUUCGUCGUGGCCCGGGCACCUCCCGACACUCCGAGGCUUGAAGCAUGGGAUCUCCUCUCAGACUUCGACCUUUCCUCCGGGCCAAGUCCCCUCCUCCUCUCCUCUUCAACCAUCGUGCAGCCAUGCUGCAACAGGAGCGUGCGAUGGAACCAUGGUGGCUGUCGCAAGGGCCGCACGGUCAGCCGCUCCCCACAGACGUUGGAGGGAGAGAUCCUAGUGUGCGAGCAGUCGGGGUGGCUGCUGGAGGAUGGAAGCACGUGGCCCGGUCACUUCGGCAACUUGGACUUGGCCGGGCCCUUCGGAGACUCACUGAACCGCAACGAGGACGACCUGAUCGCUUCACAGCCUGACCCCCUCCGUGGGGCCUACACACCCUACGACUACCAGCCCGGGCACAGGAACACGCCCUUCACAGAGGAGGACAUCGUGCCGCAGCUCCAGGAGCAGCUCCCCCCGCGCGGCCUGCAGGACCUUUACAGCUCCUUCCUCGAGGUGCCGACCCCCACUCCAGUCUUCAAGGAGUGUGAGGUGGGGGUGAACGAAUGCGAGCAGAGAAGCGUGCUGGACCCUGCGGUCCUGAACGAGUGCUCUCUCGGCCAGUGCAACGUCGACACAGGAUGGGAGGCCUCGCAGCGAUGGCAGAAGCCUCUCAGUUAG